AUGUUGAUUGAAAUGUUUUUGUCCGCGAUAGUUAGGGUUUUAGGGGUGAAGCAUUUAUUUCCAGUUAGUGCUGCUAAAAUAUCAGAAGCACUUCCUGUAUGUGCUAUUCCGGGUGAAUCACUGGAAUCAACUAUGGAUACAGGUUCUGGUACUGUUUACAUAACAAAUUAUCGAAUUGUAAUAUUGGAUCGCGUGAAAAAUGCUUUGGCAAUUAUUCCACUUUUGAGUGUUGAUACCGUUGAAUUCUGGUCUGGCGAUCCGUAUGGAAUACAGAUUACAUGCAAAUUUGGCCGAAUAUGCAGAUUGAGAUGCGCAAGCGAGGUGCAAGUUGAACUACAUAAAAGGUUGCAAAAAGCGACUUAUAAUAUUGCUACAAAUGAUGUUUUUGCGUGGCAGUUUGCCAGAGCUGCAAAGGCUCAACUUCCUGGCUGGCUUAGAUUUCAUAGUGAAACGGCUGAUUCUGAAUGUCCAGCACAGAACGAAUUUCUGCGGCUCAACUACAAUCCUCAGUCUUGGAGAGUUUCAGAAGCCAAUAGUGAUUAUUCAUUGUGUGCAACAUACCCAAAAUCCGUUAUAGUUCCAAAGGAUAUAACGGAUGAUGAAUUGCGUCGAGCGUGUGCUGCUCGAAAUAAUGCUCGAUUUCCAGCUGCAGUAUGGUGUUACGCCAGGAAUGAAUCCGUUUUGUUACGCAGCAGUCAACCAUGUUGUGGUAUUUUCAACUAUCGAUUCCCAUUGGAUGAAAAGUUGUUGGAAUGUGCUAGAAAAGCUGUUAAUGGAAUUGCAGGGCCGUCGUCUCGGAAGUUGUUAAUAGUGGAUUGCCGUUCAUAUACUGCAGCCCUUGCAAAUCGAGUGGUGAAAGGUGGUGGAGCCGAGUCAGAAGAGUAUUAUCAGCAAACGGAAGUCAUCUUUUGUGGAUUAGCAAAUAUCCAUGAAAUCCGUAGUAGCUUUCAUAAACUGAGAGCUGUCCUCGCUGGCCCUCAAGAUCACAAUACCAUUCUUCAAUCAAUUCAGUCGACUUUUUGGCUGCAAUAUCUUACAAGUCUCAUUGAUACCGCACAGAAAUGUGUAAAGGCACUCGUGGAUGACGGACGAUCGGUUUUGGUUCACUGCACGGAUGGUUGGGAUCGGACUACGCAAAUUGUUACACUUACAAAAAUAAUUGCUGAUCCAUACUAUAGGACUUUCGAGGGAUUUAAAGUUUUGAUUCGCCGUGACUGGAUUGGUUUCGGACACAAGUUUGCUGAUCGCACGGGUACGCGUAGUAGCGUCAGUGGGGAAUCGUCACCAGUUUUCUUGCAGUGGCUAGAUUGUGUUCACCAGUUGCAUCAGUUGUUCCCAGAUGCCUUUCAGUUCACUUUAAGUUAUUUGACAAAGUUAGCUCUUCAUUGUUAUUCCGGAUUAUUUGGGACAUUCCUUUGGAAUAGUCAAUCUGAGAGAGAAAACUGGACUAAGAGUACGGAUGAUGCAGAAACGCUUUCGCUUUGGACAUUUUUGGAUGAAUCGAAACCGGAGUAUGGAAAUGUUAUUUAUAGUCCUGGAAAAAGCAAUGAGCGAUUACAUACAUCUUUACAUGUUGAGGAUCUUCACAUCUGGAAACAACUUUAUAUUGGACCUGCAAUCGAAAGAUUGAUUAAUGAACAAACACUGUCAAACUCAGGGAUGUGCGCAAGUCAGCAUAGUGAAGUUGAUCGUAUAAGUUUGAAUAGAGCCCAUUCUGCUGAAAGUCUUUCCAAUACGGACGCUAAUGCAUGCCAGGGAUCAUCAAAUACAACUUUUGCUGGAAAUACACAUGCUCAAUUCCUUAACAGCAAUACUCGAACAUCCGUUUCAAGUGAAACGGAUUAUGCACGACCUGAUGAAAACGACUUGUCAUUCGCAUUUUAUCGUGAAAGAGAUCGCAGUGCUAUUGCUAGGGAAGUGGAUUGUGAUGGUUUGACGAAAAUUUUGGAAAUACGCGAAGAAAGGACUCGUGAGAAAGUUGAGAAAUUGCAGGAUUGUAUCAAUAUGUUGCAAGAAAGACUUGGACAAUUGGAAAUAGAAGAAAAACGGAAAGUGAGUUGUGGAAUUAGUGGCGAGUCACCUGGGUCGGAUUUAAUAAUCUUCGGUGAGAACAGCAGUCCGUCGUGUUCUGUGGAAUCAGUUCUUUCAAACAUGUCGGUCGUUGAAAAAGACGAUGUUGCGGAUAUUUCGUAUGGUUCGAAAGGAUGGUUAAUGGAUGAUGCUUCACAAAAAUGCAUGAAUUGCCAGGGAACAUUUUAUUACCUAAGUAAUCGAAGACAUCAUUGCAGGAACUGUGGCGGUAUAUUUUGUUCUUCUUGUUCGAAACGUACCUUUUUUCGAGUAUAUGAAAACAAAGGUGGGAAUGUGCGCGUGUGCAACAAGUGCUAUGAGUUUAUGGUAAAAGCUCGAUCAUUUAUAGUAGCAUCAGAGAAGACAACACAACCAUUAACUUCUAAGAGGAAUGGCAAUUUAAUGACGAGGAAGCCAUCAGAAACAGCCAUGAAUGGUAGUAGCAUCAGCUCAGCGAUUUUUGGAUAA